CGAUACUCUUAAUUUCCGUCACGUUUGGUGCCAUAUUUGUUCAAACUUGACCCAGGAGUGAAGGCGUGGAGGUGUCAACGUUUGAUUUGCGUGGGAAAGACAGUUUCGCGGCUCGCGCCCCGCUUUUCUUCUUCUUUGUUGACGUGAGACGUUUUUGUUGUCUCGGCCUUUUUGCGCAAUACGAUGGACCGUCUCCGUUUCACGCGAAUACACGGCAUCCCCCCGUGUCGUGCGUGACAUUCUCUCGACCGAAAACGUUCAACAGUAGACGCUCGUGCCCGUUUUGGUCGAGGCGACAUUUUUUUGUCCUCUUUUUCUUUUUUGUUUCCCUUUCCAAUCCCCGCUUUUAACAAAGUUGUACAACAUGUUCAAAGUUUAACGAUAUAAAAAUGAGCGUAAAGUUGCUGUUUGGACUCUUUUUUCACGUAUGACGGUUUAUUUCGGGGGUUUUCAACUUGUUUUCGACACUCUGUUAGAUCGUGUCAUUAUCGCUCUUUUUUAGCAUUGAAUGAAUGGGGCCUUAGUACGCAUGCGCAGCUGUCCUGAAAGUUUAUAAACAAGACAGGUCACAUGACAAGAAAAUUAUGAUUCCAGGACAUGAUGGUGUGGAAGGUGGUAACUCCAGCCAUGCCGUCGAGCGAGCCCAAAUACCACGCCAUGCAGGAGGUCCAGCUGAGAGACGAGCACAGGGGAAUGACGACGGAUAAAGACCAGUCACAUGACCCACUGCGCUGUGAUGAACACUUCCCCUCCUCCCCCGGCCUCCCCACCAGUGACUCUUACAUGGAAUAUGACGACUUGCCGGAUCUACAGGAGGUCCGAGAGGAACCGGCAGCUCCGCCCGUUUUUAAGGUGGAUGUAGGCGUGUCGCACCAGGAGCGCCCCAGCUCCCACCCUCCAGAGACGCUCUGGCUCACCCAGCUGGCUCACAUCGCCACGGGACCUCAGAGCCCGCUGCUGCAGGAGCCCCCUGGCGGCAGCUCCUCCUCCGCCUGCAUCCCGAGCACCAGCAGCGACCUGCACUCCUACGCCCGGCCCCCUCCUGCUCUGCAGAGUGGCACCACGUCGCCCUCUAGAGCUCACGGCAGAGAGCGCAGGCGCAGCAGGACGAGCAGCGAGUGCAGCUCUGCUGUGUCCGCCUGGUCCUCUCUGUCUGACGAUGAAGACAUGGGCUGGAGUUUCUCCUGGCCGCCCACCUCCUGGCAUUGUUUCCUCAAAGGAAGUCGUCUGCGUUUUCAUAGCGGCGUGAACGUGGAGUGGCAGGACGUCGAAGACCUGGAGUCUGCAGAGCGACAGCGUACUGAUGAAGAGUUGUCCGACUUUCUGAAGAGUUACGGCUCGGAGGGCCUGCAGCUGAUGGAGCACGCAGAGACGGUGCUGUCGGGUCAGACUGUGCUCCAGCUGACCUUUGACCCCGGCGUCUUCGGCCACACCCCUGUCACAGUGCGCUGCCCCCUGGACCACCCUUUCUACAUCAAAAGCAAAGGGUGGUCCUCUUUCUACCCGAGCUUAACCGUGGUGCAUCAUGGGAUUCCGUGUUAUGAAAUGGAAGUAGGAGACACGUGCCUGCCUCCUGGACACCGAGAUGCCAAACACACGGGGGAGUCCAUGGUCUUUGACACCUUUAAGAGUUAUGACUUCACUCCUCUGGACUCGUCUGCGGUCUACGUGUUGAGCAGCAUGGCCAGACGCCGGCGGGCCUCCCAGUCCAGCGGGGGAGCUGCUUCUCCCGACGGAGGCGCCACUCACGGUUAUGUCCACAGUAAUCGCCGUUCCCGCUCCAGUCCUCCAAAACCAGCCAAAAACCAGCCUGUCAGAGCCCACGGCGGCUGCAACCCCCCGCCCACUAGGUGCAAGCGGCCAAUGAACGCCUUCAUGCUGUUCGCCAAGAGGUUCCGCGUGGAAUACACGCAGAUGUUCCCGGGCAAAGACAACAGAGCCAUCAGCGUCCUCCUCGGCGAGAGGUGGAAGAAGAUGCGAAGCGAGGAGCGCCGCGCCUUCACGCUCCAGGCCAAAGCGCUGGCGGAGGAGCAGAAGAGGCUCAACCCGGACUGCUGGAAACGCAAACGGGCCAACUCUCAGGGCUGUCAGGGAAACUGAGGCGUCUGAGACGACGCUCAGAGGCUGCAGCCGCUUCCCUCCCUCCGGUUCUAGUCCCUAAAGGAGCCUGGCAGAGGAGAAGAGUUCUGUUACAUCUCCAGGAGGACCCGGCGCCUUUGGAAAGAGAGGCUUCCCUUCGUCUCACAUGUGAGGUGCUGCAGGGGCGUUUCAAAGAUGCAGGAACUCAAACACUUCCCAACCGUUUUCCGGCAACGUGACAGUAAAAACGAAGAGAUUCUGAUUCCUCUCAGCUUCUCUUCUUAUGCUUGAAUCAGGUGGAGGUUCUGGUGCUGUAGCCAAAGUAGCCAUUUUCACUAAAUCGUAUAUGUUCAGGACGUUUAAAUCGAUUUCUAUUCUUGCCUGUUUUACUUGUGUUUGAGUUCAGUGUCAUGGCACACUAAUAUAUACACACUUUACCUUUGCUUUUGUGUAUUUGCUCACGUAGCGUGCAGUAAGUUAACACAUGGUUUCCUUCACCUUAACUAAGAAGCUGCUGGUGUUUUUCACAUUAAAGGUACAGCUCCCCGUCUUCCUGCAGACAAAAGCAACAUUUCUGUUCACAGUCAGUGUUACUCUUCAAGUCAGUUUGAAUUCAAAGUGUCCUGCUGUUGCUACAGUGCAGGUCAGCGCCUCGAAAGAGAAGGCGAGCAGCCGCCUUUAUUUGGGAAUUUCUACAAAGAAAGUCAUUUUUAAUCACCUUCAUAAGACUUUAGGUUUCACUUCUGUGCCAUAUUUUUCCCAGCAGUGCUGCAUUCAAGUGGCUUUAAAAAAAAAACAACAGCCAACACCUUCCUCUGAUGUUUGGCUCCGCCCAUGUUUUGCUGCCUUCAGGCCUUAUGGGUAACUGAGAACCGUCAAUCUCAACAGUUAGUGAAGGUUUCUCGCUGAGGUUGGCAUCGAUCAUCUGUAGGAGUCAGAAAAAAAGUAGCGGCAACUAAACCUUAAUGUGAUUGGUGGAUACCUGCAGCCUUGACCAACUGUGACCUCCAGGGAAAUUAUUUAAAAAAACUUUUGUUCCAAUAGAGGCAAAAAAAAAUGUAUAAAAAAAAAUAUAUAUAUAUAUAUACACAUAUAUAUAUAUAUAUAAUUUUUUUUAACAUAUUGAGAAGGUUUUUAUCGCUUCCCUUUGAGUGGAUCCCGGUCUCCCAACAUUAUUACGGACACCGUGUGAUGCAUUCAAAGACAUCCACCAGAUUUUUAUAAACACAACUACACUCAUCAGGUCCUGCAUAAGACUUAUUUAAAAAGAUGAGCCCAUUCACUUUGAAUACAUCCACAUGAAGUUUCAUUGAAAGGAAGCUAACGUAAAGGCCGAGCGAGCACUCGCAUUCUCACUAUGUAAAAAGGUUUAUUCUUAAUGCACUAUAAACACUUUAUCUUCUGUGACUGCUACAGUAUGACGAGUAAUGACAAAUAUAAAUAUGAUUAUGUAGAAAUAUAUAUAUUUUUUGGCUUGGUGUGAUCUUUGGUCUUGGUGUUGCUUUGAGUUCUUGGACUUGCCUAUAAAGUUGUACAGGUCAAUCAAGGGGAGACGAUAUAAACGUGUAUUACAAGAAAAACAAUAAACAAAUGAUUCGAGUGCAACGGCA